AUGCUCGGCGCCAUCCGAGAUUAUUACAACAAGUGCAGUAUUCUUUCUCACGAUGGUGCCGUCGAUCCCAAGGUGAUGCAGCCGUUGAUCAACGCUUUUUGGGAUGAAAUCAUGACGACUAAAUCGGAAGAAUGGGAGGCAUUAACAAAAACGACCUCUCCGGUGGAACAAAAAGCGGAUAUCCUUCGAAGCCCACCCACCCCACAGCGCCCUCAAACGCUGCCGGAAGCAUUGGUACAAGCGUUGAGCCAGACAACUGGCCUGCAAAGUACACCAAUGGAGACACCAACCACGACAACUACUGCGCUUACAACACCCGCACACAGUUCGCUGGAACUCGACGGAAUGGCCUCCACUUCGACCGUCGAAGAGAUCGUGAAAUCAGUUCUCAGCCUUCAUAAGAAUUCCCUGGCGAAUAUGAGGACAACAGCUAGACACACAAUGUUCUCGGCUGUUGAGCACGACUUCAGGUUCUCUGAUUUCUCAUGCCAUUUCUCACUAUCCGGUCAAGAGAUUUGGAUGUCCUCAUUGUGGGUCGCAAUUUUU